GGGAACCUGUGCCGGGCCCAACAGGCCCCCAGAUCUGUGGGAACUGUUCGGCCCGCGAGCUUCCCACGAUACGCUCCGGCUGCUGUGCUGCAGGGUUCACUCGUGCGUUUCCUCCCCUUCCGUCUCCCCUGCCCGACACCCCUCUCUGCCCGCCACCAGUCCCCUAGCACUGGCAUGGAAGGGGCAGCGGGUGGGACAGUUGGUGGGGGGAAGCGAUCGAGAGUAUAAGUAGCCACUCGGUCCCCACCAGCCACUCAGAAUCGACGUGAACACGGUAGCGUGCUCUGGUCUCGGCACUCCGAGAACGCACACGUCAUAUAUACAUAUAUAUACAUAUAUAUUAUCUUGCAACGCAUAUUCAACGCGUCUUUGAGUUAUCAUCAUCAUCAUCAUCAUCAUAUAAUCGUUAUUAGAUAUCAUUCUGAACAUUGGAACAUUUCUCGAAUACGUUCCUUCCACGGGCUUUGUUUGUGACAAGUGGAAAGUGAGGAGAAUUGACUGAUAAACGAUGGCACCGCAUACCAGCUACACGCCUGUCAGUGGUAUGGAGUACGAGGAGCCGGUAUCGAGGACUUACCAGUACAGAAAGGUGAUGAAGCCGAUGCUGGAAAGGAAGAGGCGGGCCAGGAUCAAUCGUUGCCUGGACGAGCUGAAGGAUCUGAUGGUGACCGCGCUCCAGGCCGAGGGGGAGAACGUGGCCAAGUUGGAGAAGGCUGACAUUCUCGAGCUCACUGUCCGCCACCUUCACACGCUCAGGGCUGCAAGAAGGCUCACCCUGACGCCGGAGAACAGCUACGCGGACAGAUUCAGGGAAGGGUUCACCCAGUGCGCGCAGGAAGUGUCCUCGUUCCUGUCCACCCCUGUCGCGGCCGCCGUGCACCCUGCUGCCGGUGCGCAAUUGAUGAGACACCUCGGUGGUUGCCUUCGAAGACUCGAAGGAACUUCUUCCUCGAGCCUUGGAGCCUCCACCACCACCACGACCACAACCACCUCCAGCGUAGCAUCAACCACUGUGAACACUGUCGGCAAAGCGACGCCAGCCGUCAGCCCAACCACCAACGUGACGAUCAACGUGCCACAGAACGUUUACACGCCCCCGCAAAGUCCUGUCAGUGUGGCAAGCUCGUCCGGGGAGUCCAUGGAAUCGUCGAACGCUGUUUGGAGGCCUUGGUGAUGGGCUGAAUGGGAUGAAGUUCGAUAAUUUUUGAAGACUUUGACAAGCAACCAUUCUGAACUUCCGUUCUCCUCCCCUGGUGGAGAAGUUUCGCUGUGCGUGGCAGGAGCGAAAAAAACGACGAAUCAUUUGUCUUCCAUACGUUGAAAAUUGUUGAACCUCGUUCGAGGUGUUCGAUCGAUAAUUGUAGAUUGAUAUAAUCGUUUUUUGUUAAGUAAUUAAUCGUAAUUGGGACCACUGUUUUUCGAGAUGCUAUAUUUCUCUUUCGCUCUCUCUCUCUCUUUCUCCGUUUUUCCUUCUUUCAUUGUACUGUAAAUAGGUGAUGAAGCUUUAAGUGAUACGUCUGUGAUAGGGCUUGAUUUUUGUACCUGAGAUAAACUAUAUUCUCGUAAAGUAGAGGGAUGAUUAUUAUUAUUAUUAUUAUUAUUAUUAUUAUUAUUAUUAAUAUUAUUAUUAUUAUUAUUAUAGAUUAUAAUUUGUUAUGUUUAAGAGGCAAUUUCUUUUUUUUUUUUUUUUUUUUUUUAGUUACAUAAUAAAAUACACGAUGUUUCUGUUUAAAACCGAUUACACGUCAUGCAGAAAUUAAUAAACAUACAUUGUUUCAAUCA